AUGGUUGAAGGGAAUUCCCAAUUACCCCCGCAGUUCUAUAAACAAGGAGCAGAAGACAAUCAUCAACGAGCUCUAAAAGAGAAUGAACAAAUCGACUCAUCAUCCCAUAUGGAUCAUGUCCAUCCUUCUCUACGAAGCUUCUUCCUUAUAGAUGAGUUGAAGUUGGGGAAAGCAAUUACUGUCUCCUUUCCAAGAAGGGAUUUUUCUUCUUCGCUUCAAUUCUUACCCAAAGAAGUGGCCAAUUCCAUUCCAUUUUCACUGAAGGAACUCCCAAACCUUCUUCAACGUUUAUUGUUCUCUAAAGACACUCCACAAGCAACAGCCAUGGAAGUUACAUUGAGAAUAUGUGAAGAUUCACCCAUAAAGGGAGAGACAAAGUACUGUGCCACAUCCGUGCGUGGAGGCAAUGCUCGAUUUUGUGCAAGGAAUCUUGGGAGAAAAAACACAACUAAUUUCUCAGAGGACUCAAAUACCCUUCUUCUUCAAAACUAUACUAUUUUGGAUGCUCCACAAGAUGUUGCAGCUCCUUAG